AUGCAGUGCGUGCAACGUGAAAAACAAAAAUUUCAACUGAUUCUUCAAAUCAUCUAGAAAUUUAACUGAUGUUAUGACGGUUGUUGCGUGCAGUUAUUUGUGUGUUGUUUGAACCGAGUUGUUAAUAGUGUGGUGUGUCUUUAACAUAAGUUCUCGCGUUAUUAAUUGUGAUCUUUUGUAUCUAUAAACACGUGUAAUGUCGGCAGAUAAUAUACAAGUCGCAAUCAAAGUGCGGCCGCUAUCGAAAAAGGAGAAAGAAAACAAAUCAACCAGUCAAUGGAGGAUCGUUGACAAUUCCAUCCAACUGAUUGAUAGCCAGUCGGAGCCGUUCUAUUUUGAUCAUAUUUUCGAUGACACGGUGACAAACGAGAAGAUCUUUCACACAAUGGCCAAGCCGAUUGUUGCGGCAGCUCUUCGAGGAUUCAACGGGACCAUAUUCGCUUAUGGCCAAACUUCAUCUGGUAAAACGUAUACAAUGUUAGGCGAUGAAGAGAAUCCUGGUGUGAUGAUAAGAGCUGGACGGGAGAUUUUUAACGAAAUUGAGAAGGCUGCAGAUCGUGCUUUUCUUAUUAGAGUUGGCUACAUAGAAAUCUACAACGAAAAGAUCUUCGAUUUAUUGGAUAAAAAAAACCAAGAUUUGAAAAUACACGAGACCGCUACAGGGGAGGUGAGUGUAAAUUGUACUGAAUCCAUCAUACGAAGCGAGGAGGAUAUGCUGCAUCAUUUAUAUACAGGAAACAAGGCAAGGAGAAUUGGGGAAACAUCGAUGAAUGAACGAUCAAGUCGGUCACACGCUAUAUUCAGGAUUAUUAUCGAAUCGCGGGAGUUUGAUAAACCUACAGAUGAGACGGCCGUCCAGAUUAGCCACUUGAAUCUGGUUGAUCUAGCUGGUUCAGAACGUGCUGACCAGACAGGCGCUACAGGAUCGCGUCUCAAAGAAGGUUGUCAUAUUAAUAAAAGUCUUCUAUCCUUGAGUUUAGUUAUAAAAAAAUUGAGUGAAAAUGAGAGUGAUAAAUACAUAAAUUAUCGCGACUCAAAGUUAACUAGGAUAUUACAAGCAUCGCUUGGAGGUAAUGCUUUAACAGCUAUUAUUUGUAACAUAAAGUCUACGACUGUAGAAGAAACUAAUUCAACAUUGAGUUUCGCAAUGCGCGCCAAAAGUAUUAAGAAUAAACCACAUAAAAAUGAAAUUUUGUCAGAUUCAGCAAUGAUGAAACGACUGGCAAAAGAGAUAUCGAGACUGCAGAAAGAAUUAGAGGUUGAGAAAAGCAAGAACAGUAAGAUAAAAGUUGUUCAAAUUGAAAGGCAAAUUAAAGAUGCAGAAUUGAAAAUUGUCCACUCUCAUGCCCUAUCAACAAAUACCAAUCAGUUACGGAGAAGGACGUGGUGCCCAAGUACAAGUCAGCCAGUAAUAGCUAACGGAACCUGUAACGAAAAUGCAGUAGAAGAUAUAAAACAAGACUUAUCGUCCCAAAUGUUUAUGACUCCUUUAAUAACUUUUCGCGACUGCAAGCAACAGGAGGAAAUGUUAGAAGAGAAAUUCGUUCCAAGCAGUGAAAUACAAUUCCCACUGAUAGAUGAACGGGAUUACACAGAUAUGAAGACUCCAACAAAAAAGAUGAACGUUAUCGGAAAAAUCAGUUUAACACCAGUGAAUGAUAUGCGGACAAAAUAUAACAUGUUAUUAAAAGAGGUCGAAGAAUUGAACGCAUUUUCGGCAUUAGAAAAGGACACUGAGCUUUGUGAAGCAAAAGAGAGAAUUAAUAAACUUGAAAAGGAACAUCAUGAACUAUUGAGUAUUCGUGAUAAAGACUUCGAAAAUCAAAUGAAACUGGCAAGAGCUCAACAAAGGUGUCUAGAGUUGGAGUCUCGAAUUUCAGAAUUGAACGAGAAAGUCUGCCUCCUAGAAACCCAACAUAGUGCAUACCAAAUUGAAAUAGAAGAAAAUCAACGUCUAAUAAAAACCCUUCAGAUGGCUUCCAAAAACGUAGAGGACGUAGAAUUUGAAUAUGAGAAACAUAAGGAAAAUUCAAAAUCUCGUGAAGAUGAUUUGGUUGGGCUUCUAGCUGAACGAGAUCACCAAAUCCAAUUGCUAGAAAGGAAACUAAUAGAUGCAAUCGAAUCCCGCAACGUUAUCGAUAACAAUCUACUCUCUGCAUCCGAGGAAAAUUCAACAGCGAAAACCAUAUCUAAAACCUGCACUGAGCCCGUUCUAAUAACAACUAUGAAACCAACUCCAGAAAUUGAUAUAACACAGUUAAGUACAGUUGAGAAGUUACAAGACCAACUUGAAGACUAUAGAAUAUGUUUAGAGGAGAAGGAGGGUGUUCUGAUAGAUCUUAACAUGAAAAUGCAGGAAAUUCAGACUCGAAACGUUCAACUUGAGGGCACAAUUUCAGAACUAUCGGAUCAAGUAAUGGAAUAUAUUUACGAGAAUGAGGUGUUGCUAAAAAAGUGCGAAGAACACGAAAUCAAUGAAUUUGCUAGAUCUUUACUUGAGGAAAUCGUAAAUGAAUUACCUAUAAGCGUAGACAAGGGCGAUUCCGGAGAGGAACUUAUGAAUGGGGAAACAAAAGAUGUUAGUGAGAAAUCUUGUGAUUAUAAGUCGCAAAAUGUUUCCUCACCUAUUCCAGCUGCACAGUAUGAAUCAAGGGUAGAAUCCGAAGCAGUAGCACAAAUUGACAAUUUAAAUCAAUUCAAUUCAGAACUAAAGCAGAAAAUCAAUAAAUAUGAAAUAGAGAACACUGACUUGAAGGAAAGACUUGAUGGUCUAGCUGCUAAUAUGAAACGAAUUGAGUUAGAUAAUCUUCAACUUGUUGAAUGCAUAGAGGGAUUAAAAUCAUCUAAAGAAAAUCUGGAAGGUAAGCUCAAAGAAGCCCAAUUAUGCUUAGCCGAGUGGGAAACAGCAUCUGCUAAAAAAAGUCAACAAUCUGAAGAAGCAUCCGAAAAGAUUGCCUGUCUAGAAUCUGAGAUUACAACCUUAAAGAAGCAUCUGGGUUGUUUGGAAACUGAGAAAAAAGUUCUCGAAGAGGAAUGUAAUGAAGUUAGUCAAGCCAAGCAAGAAUUGGUGAGUGAAGGGCAGCUGGCAAAAAUGCAGUUAGACGAGUUACUGAAGCAGAAGAGUGAUUGGGAGCAAAUAAUUUCGCAGUCUGAAGAGGACAUCAUCAAACUAAGAGAACAGGUUACACAGUUACAAAAACAGCUCGAAGAAAUGCGAUUCGAAAAGGAAGCAACAAAUGAAAAGCUUACAUAUGUGGAGGGAACAAGAUGUGACUUUGAAGAAAAAAUUGACAAUCACAAGCAAAAAAUUCACUCCUUAGAAAUGAAAAAUGCAGAACUGUCUGAGUCUCUCAAAGAUUUCGAGAAACUCAAGAAAGAACUGGAAGAGCAACAAGCUUUCAUCGAUUUAACUAAGCAGAAGCUUGAAGCAAAGGACUCUGAAAUUGCUCGAAUAAUGUCACAAAAUUUCAUCAACAGUGAAAGUUAUAAUCUAUUGAACGAAGCGAACACUAGACUCAAGCAGCAGAACGAGGACAGGUUAACAAUGGUCAACGAACUGGAAUCAGAAUUGAAGCUUCUGAGAGAAGAUAAAAACAAAUUCGUGGAACUUAGCAAUUCAGUUGAACGUGAAAAGGUCAACUAUGAAAGAGAAAAACUAGCUUUUGAAAAGAAAUACGAGGAGCUCGUACAAACCAAAGAAAAAUUGCAAGAUUCUCUUUCAGAAUACAAAGAUUCUAUUCAGUCGUUGAAAUCCGAAAAUGAAGAAAUUAAAACUGAGAAAAUCAGUCUUGCAGACGAGAUAAAUGCAUUGAAUGAAGUCAAUAAUAAACUUUCAGAAGAAAUACUUACACUUAGGAAUGGAAAACUUGGGUUUGCUAAUGAAGUAGAAGCUUUGAAAAUGGACCUAUCUAGAGCUGAAAAGAACAUUGAAGGCUUAAAACAAAAUGAUACUAAACGUGUGGCUGAAAUUUCUAACUUGAAAAAUCUAAAUGUAUUACUUGAGGAAAAUAUUGAGACUUUGCAAACUGACAAAAGCAAUCUAGAAGAAAAAUACGAAGAAAGUAGGAAGGAAAACCACGAGCUUAAAUCCGCCUUAGAAAAUACCAAACAUGAGCUGCAAUGCAGUGAAACAAAAAUAAAUUCACUAAAACAAGAAAUGGAUAAAGCAGCGGACAAUCUUCUGGAGUUGCAACAAGAACGCGAUUCAUUAUUGGAGGUGAAGGGGCAGCUGGAAAAUGAGUUCCAACGCAAACUGGUGGAAGAGUGUGAACUGACAGUCGCCGAAUUAACUAAUGUUCGUUCACAAAAUCUGGUGCUAACUGAAAAACUGGAAAUGAUAACUGGUGAGAUAGGUCUGUUACAGACUCUACUGGACAAAGCGAACGCUCGUGCCGAGGAAAUGGAAAAACUCGUCUCAGAGUUAAAUGGGCAGUUAGAAAGCUCUAAACAUUCGUAUGAGGAGUUGGAGCGAAAAUAUUUAGAACUUCUUUCGGAAAAUAAAAAUCUCAAUGUUAGAAUAUCAGAUUACGAGGAUACUGUUACCUCGUUGGAAAGGGAUAUUAAACGUUUACAAACAGAACAGGAAGUUAUCAUUGGAACGCAUAAAGAGCAAUUUGCAAAAGCCUCUGCUAAACUUACUAAAAUGAAAGGAGAACUUGAAACUCAAAUUCAACAGUUCAAUCGAAUGAAGAAAGAAAAUGAGGAAUUGAAGCAAGAGUUGAUUUCCAAAGAAGCCCAAAAUCAGUCAUUGUUGGCAGAGUUAGAAUCUUUGAAGAGUGGAGGGAAGUCUGCUGGUGCAACUUCUGGCAAAGAAAACGAGGAACUCCUUAAGCAACUUCACGAGAUGCAAAAAAUGCAUAUUUACAAGAUGAAGCAAUACCAACAAGAAAUUCAUGUGCUGAAAUCCCAGAUUUCAGAAAUGAGUAGAAAAACUGAAGUGAAUGAAAGGUCUAACAAAUUUAACACAGGCGACGCCGAGAAACAAAAAAUUAUUAAGACACUAUUAGGGGAAAAUGAUGAGCUACGGCUGAAGAAUGAGGCCUUGACUGUUGAACUGCAGGAUUCAAGGAAGACUACCCAGAAGGAACGGAAAGCGAAACGCUACAGUAACCACGAUGAGUCGCGGUCGUUGUCUUGGUUAGAUUAUCGCGACACUGGCACAAUGACCAUCCCCACUGAUAAACUAUGUAAUUGUGAGCAAUUAAACAAGGAAUUGAUUGAAGCGAAAAAUGCUCUCCUAAUAAAAGAUUGUCAAAUUAAUACUCUUCGAAUGGAAUCGAAACUUCACCCUCUUAAGGACGAGUGUGAAGCACUAAAGCGAGUGAUAGAGGAAGAAGAAGCGGAGAAAAAGGAAAUGCGGAAAGAAUUAAACAAAUUGCGAGUGAAGAUCUCAGAACUGUACAAAGAAACCAAAAAAUGUGAUCAGUGCAUACGUAGAUCAAGGACAAUAUUUGUAGAUCAGUACUCACAGACUGCACUCGAUGAACAAUCAAAUGAACUUAAUAAUAAGGCGAGAGCUGAACUUGCACAGUUACAGCAGAAGUACGAAGAUAUGAAGAGAUUGUGCAGGUUAAGGAAUAAUAGGAUAGCUGAGCUGGAAAAUGAAAUAUCUAAAAAGGAAAACUAUGCGAGCAAUCGUCCUGUUUCUCGUAACAUAAACACAGAGAACAUUGCUGCUGAUCCUGUAUUAAAGGAACUAACCUUAUAUAAGAAAAAGUAUGAAGAAGCCAAGUCACUUGUUGGCUUUCAUGAAAAACAUAUUCAGUCCCUGGAAGCGGAGCUUUCACAAGUUAAAAGACAUAUUGGAAUCACUGGCAUAAAUAAGAAAAAUUAAAUUCAUUAUGAAAGAUCGAAUAAGAAAUUAGGUCUAUAAUUUGAAAAUUUUAUAUGUCUACCAUAUGUAGCGAAACGUACUUAAUUAAUUUUAAACUGACUAAUGUUAUGUUAGGGCAUUAUUUAUAUGAAUGUUAUUGCUAUUUAUAGUACAGAUUUGUAAUUCCUUUUUUUGAAUUGAAUGUACUCAACAAUAUUAAAUACAAAUAUCGGAAGAAA